AUGGUGGCUCUAAAGAAGAUGAAAAAGUCAUUGGUGUCAAUCAACUCUAGGCUCCAACUCAUUAUGAAAAGCAGAAAUGUAAAGUAUGUGCUGGGGUACAAGCAAACUCCAAAGGUGAUCAGAGAAGGCAAAGUGAAAUUGAUUAUGCUCACCAACAACUGCCCCACUUUGAGGAAAUCCAAAAUAGGGUACUGUGGCAUGUUGGCCAAAAGUGGUGUUCAUUACUAUAGUGGCAAUAAUAUUGAAUUGGACACAGUGUGCAGAAAAUACUGCAGAGUAUGUGCACACUGA